CUCCUGCGACCGAGGAUCACCCUGGCCAUGUGCUUUGACGAUCAGUUCUAUACUUACAAGGGUGAAGAACAGAGCUUGACAUUGGUGCUGCAAGAUUAAUUGGUGCUGAUCUUUUUGACGUCUUUACUUAAGGAGUGAACCGCCGCUAUGCGUCGCGCCGUCUUCUUCUUCCUGUUCGGCAUCGUCCUUCCGAUCGUCACGUCCCUCGUUACCUACACGCUCGUCACCCUGGAGUCGGAUCCGCUCAACCUGGACGAGACGGGCGCCCUCAUCCUUACCAUCGCUCUCAUUAAGAUUAUCAUCCUGGGCGGCACCGGAGUUUUCCCUAUUGACAUCAACAAACUCUUCGACAACAUCGUUACGAGAGGGAAAAGGUCGACGAUGAUCUCUUCUGAAGCCCUCUAUGAUAACAACACUCUUUAUCAGGUGCCCGAAGUUGUCAGGAUGCCUUGCAUACGGAGACUCCUGUGCCACAUGGAGAUGGCAGCGAGGACCAGCGAGAACUACCUGCCGAAGGAACCAGCAGUCAUCGAGGGAAGGAACCUGGAGGAGGAAGUGGCACCCACACCGACAGAUCCACUCACUGAGACGCAAAUUGAAGCAGUCAGGGCGCUGUUCAAGGAGGAAGACCCUACUGGUGACCUGUCGCCCCGAGGGAAUAGAGCGCUGAAAGUGAUCGAAGGCCUGACGGGGGAGGCGUGUGAAGCUGCCUACAACCUCUGUCCUGGACGGUUCACCAUCCCAGGCCUCUACAAAACGCUUUUCGACGAGAUGAACUUUGCUGUUCAUGACUCGCCCUCCAAGAAGAGGCCACUUCCCACAGCCUCAAGACGGGCCCUUGAAACACAACGAUAUUAUUCCUGCUUCAUCGACCGAGUGGCGUCUGCCUCAAGAAACAGAAGGCAUGUGCGUGGAUGGGCGCACGGGUUCAAUGACACGGUAAAGUGCUUCAGAGAUACACCAGCGAGGAAGAAGGAUCAGCAAGUUGCAGCUUCCGUGUCAGAGGAACGCCUCGAGCAGUGUGAUAUGGUAAGAGUCUUAGACCAUUAUGAGCCAGAAAAAUCGAGAGCUAUAAUUUUAAACUUAUACGAGGUCGAGAGCCGAGGCCUUGUUAGUGUUCCUGCAGAUCAACUGAAGGUAACACGGAGGAUCAGGAGUGGGUGCGAGACUGAUGGUAUCACAAUGGUUUCCAAUGGCAUAGAGAUGGGAACCCUCUCCCUUGAAGACCGGCGAACGCACCCUGCCCUACGUCUCGAGCCGAAAAUGCGUCAGUGCUGGUGGGUACUCGCGCUCGGGGUGGUGCUGCCCUUGGCCACCUCCUUCAUCACUUACACGUUCGUGUCCAUGGGCAUCGACGCCCUCGAGGUGGGAGAGACGGGCGCCCUGCUCAUCAUCCUCACCCUCGUCAAGCUGAUGCUUCUGAGUACCCAGGGCAUUAUCCCGGUGAACGUCAACGAACUCAUGGAGGACAAAUUCGGCAGAGAGGAGAGAUCAGCGCGCGUGGUUUCGAGACUAAAUAACAGCACGGUGUACCAGGUGCCUGAGGUCCAACAGAUGCCCUGCACGCGAAGGUUCCUGUGCGAGCUGGAGACCAUAGCAAGGACGAGCGACAGUUACAUGCCAAAGGAACCCGAGGCGCUCAACGGCAGGAUUUUAGAAGAGGAGGUGGCGCCGGAGGAGGUCGACCCGCUGACGGAGAUGCAGAUCGAGGCGGUGAGGGCCCUGUAUAGAGAAGAGGAUCCCACAGGAGAGCUGUCGGUUCGAGGGAAGCGAGCGCUGGCAGUCGUGGAGGGACUGACAGGAUCCACAUGUGAAACAGCGUACAGACUCUGCCCCGGAAGAUUCGCUGCUCCUCGGAUAUACUGGGCCAUCUUCGAGGAAGUCAACCUGGUGGUGCACGAAAACUACUGAACUACCAAGUUAAAGAUAUAUAGUGCACGCCAAUAAAAAUGAAUAAAUGAAUACACACUUACACACUCACACACACCACAUACACACAGACACACAUACACACAUACACACAU